AGAUAAACCUCGGUUGUCCUGACAGAAGAAACGCUUAUUCGAAUCAGUUAGUUCGAGGAUUGCUCUAGACGAAGUAAGAUCUGUAAGAAGACAGAUAGAAAAUCAAUUGAAGAUGUCUUUUACUUUGUUAACUGGUCCACCCGGGCCCGAAGCUAAAGCUCUGGCCAAGAAAGAGCUCAGGGAAACCGAGGAGAACGUGAAGAAUGGCAUCGAGACUCUCAGAAAAUAUAUUGAAGAGGAUGAAACGCUCCAUUACUGCACCGACGAUAAUUUUCUCUUGAUCUUUCUUCGACCAUGCAAAUUUUAUCCGCAGAGCGCAUUUGAACUCAUGAAACGCGUCGCGGAUUUCAGGAAUAAGCAUGCAGCUCUGUUCAGCGAUCUGAUACCAAGUGAUGAAAGAGAUGCCAUCGUAAAUCAUCAGGUCAUUAACGUUUUGAAAAAUAGAGACCAUAAAAAUCGCAGAGUGAUGAUAGUCCAAGCCGGCAAAAGUUGGGAUCCGUCUAAGGUCACCAGCGAUCAAAUACUGAGAAUGUUAUACAUAGUUCAUCUGUUAGCCAUACAGGAGGAAGAAACGCAGAUAUUUGGGGGUGUUGUCAUAAUGGACUUUGACGGUCUCUCCAUGAAACAGGUCAAGGGAAUGCCACCAAGCUUUAGCAUGAAACUCCUUAGUUUUAUUCAAGACGCAAUGCCACUGCGUUUAAAGGAGGUUCAUUUUGUGAAACAACCAUUUCUGUUUAACAUGGUAUGGACAAUGUUUAAGCCAUUCGUUAGAGAGAAGCUAAAAAAACGCAUGUUCUUCCACGGUACCAAUAUGUCCUCGCUUCACACUCACAUCCCUGCAAGCCAUCUACCAAAAAAUUAUGGUGGUGAUUUGCCUGAAAUAGAUUACAGCGGCGCCGAUUGGUACCCAGCGAUGAUAGCAGCUGAAGAUAAGAUCAAAGAGUGGAACACGUACGGACACAUCAAAAAAUAAGUUACACUUUCAUCAAAUAGUCAUCUUUUAACAUAAUAUUAUUAAAUAUCUAAUAAUGAUAUUUUUAAAUUUUGGAAAAUAUAAUAUUUUACAUGCGACAUGUAUCUUUGUAUUUAGGCUGACGUAUAUUAUACGUAUAUAUUUUAUAUACAGUAAUAAUUUAUAAAAACAUUUCGACACCCAGACUAACAUAAAAAUAAUAAUUCAGGAUUAAAUGAUUAGUAUUGUAAUAUUUCACAAAUUAAAAUAAAUAUUUUAUUUUAA